UUGUGAAUCCCAAGGGGUCAGAUAGCAACCAUCCAUACUAACUGACUGAGUGGUAGAUGCUUCUUGUUAAAGAGACAGAGAUGGAGAGAAGACCAGAAACAGCCCUGAAACCAGAACAUCCUCCAAGACCUGGCAGGACCAAAAGAGAGAACACACCAAUGGCCAGAGAGAGAAAGCACAAGGCAAACAAGUCAGUGAAGCUCCAGGAGCCUCACAAAAGGAAAGAGAAGGUGAAGGGAGAGGAAUCAGGAGAAGAGGACGUAAAUGAGGACAAAAAGGAUGGGGCAGUCAUGUCCAGAAGCACUGUGGUCAAUGUGGACAGUGUGAGAGAGAGGGCAAAAGAAGAGCGUGAAGAGUUACUGGGACUGUUGGAGAGUGAAUGGCAUGAAGAAGCCUUGAAGCCACGAAACCUUGGAGUUUGUGAGUUGCUUCUCACCAUCGUAGCUCUUGCCACAGUCAUCUUCUUCUUUCCUAUAUCAAUUUGGUUCUGUAUAAAGAUUGUGAGAGAGCAUGAGCGUGCGGUGGUCUUCAGGCUGGGACACCUGCUGCAGAGGAAACCUAGAGGACCAGGGCUGCUUUUUUACCUCCCAUUCUUGGAUGUUUGUCAGAAAGUGGACAUCCGGCUGAAAAUGCUGCAGGUGCCCUCUCACACGGUGGUGACGAAGGAUCUGGUGUGCACAGAGGUGAGCGCAGCGUGUUACUAUCGCAUUGAGAACGUGUCUGUGUGUUACUCCUCCUUGGCCGGAGUCCCGGCUGUGCUCCAGGCUCUGGUGCAGGUGUCAGUUAGGGAGGUUCUGGCCCAACACACCUUCACUCACAUACUGCAGAACAGGAGCACAGUCGCCCAGGAGAUCCAGGUUGUGCUGGAUUCCAUUGCUGGCAGGUGGGGAAUUAAAGUGGAGAGAGCUGAAAUAGAGGACGUGCGUCUCCCACCUGAGCUUCAGCAGAACUUUGCUGUCGAGGCCGAAGCAAAGAGACGAGCUCAAAUCAGAGUGAUUGCAGCAGAAGGUGAGAAAGCAGCGUGUGAGGCUCUGAAGGCCUCUAUCGACUCUCUCUCGGACUCUCCUCUGGCCGUGCAACUGCGCCUGCUCCAGCUCCUCCACACCCUGCGCUCUGACCAGCCUGCUGUGGUGCUCAACCUGCCAUCUGACCUCCUCAGCCAAACCCUUCAGCUGCCAGACACAACCAGCUCCACCAAUCAAACCCAGCCUACAGGUGGCAACUCCACAGAAACAGCUAAAGAUUCCCCUAUGAUGUAAUGAGUGCUCCCUUAUGAAAGUUCCAUUAUGAAUAUCAAAAUAUAAAACAUAUUUGUGCCUUUUUAUAACCUAAUGUUUUAAAACAGAACUAUAAAAUAAAAGCCUGGAGACGAGA